UCACGGCCGGGUUCUUGCUCUAGUUUGAUGGACAUGGUUUGUCGCCAUCUACGGUGAAGGAGAGGAAUAGAGAAGAGCUUUCCAUUUUGCUGUUGUUCGGGGCAUUUUUGUUUUUUGUUUUUUGUUUUAAUUUUAAAUAUAUAUUUAUUAAAAUUAUACUUGAAUUUCAUUUUCAGCAUACUUUUGUAAUUUAAUUCGAUUUUUAUUAUUUGGAUUCCAAUUUUAAUUCCAUGCAAAACUCUCCUUUUGUUCUUAGUUCAACCGAACUCACUGCCAUCGAAGUUGAUGCAAUUGACUGAUGGAAUUGGCCCAAGUUAAAGAGAAAUUUUCUGACCCUGGUAUCCUCGGCUAUUUUAUCAAUUGACAAAUUUUGCCAACGAUAAUUCAGCUGGUAGUUGCAGUUUUCCGAAAUUGGGAAAUAUAGAAAAUUGCUUUUCUGCUAUUAAAACAAAGAAGUUGCGGUGUCCUGAUUCAAGAAGAAAGCAUAGAAGUAGAAAGAUCAUUAUCAAUUGACUUGUGAUUUGGUGUACCUGGUGGUAUCUUGUGGUGAAUUCUGAUUAUUGUACUACAUUUGAACGUACUGUUCACCGUUGGAGCUAAUGGUGGGCCUCAGUUCUUGUUUGACACCCUCACAACUGCCUCAUUAUUCCAACUAUUUUCCCCAACGAUUACUAAACAAUCAUGGAACACGCAUGAAAAAGGUUGACCUUGGAAGGACCCAGAUUUUACCAUCUGCGCUGGGGGUUACUUCUGGCUUGCGUGUGUUUGUGGUUUCAGACUUGCAUACUGACUAUGCCGAGAACAUGAGGUGGGUAAAGUGCUUAUCCUCUGUUAAACACAAGAAAGAUGUUCUUCUUGUUGCCGGUGAUGUUGCGGAGACAUAUGACAUGUUUGUUGUCACUUUGUCUCUACUGAAGGAAAGAUUUAAACAUGUCUUCUUUGUACCUGGGAACCAUGAUCUUUGGUGUCGUCGUGAGGGAGAAAAUCAUGUUGAUUCGCUUGAAAAGCUAAAUAAAUUGCUUGAUGCAUGUAAGAGUCUUGGAGUUGAGACAAAUCCAAUGGUUACUGAUGACUUAGGAAUCAUUCCCUUGUUCUCUUGGUACCAUGAGAGCUUUGACAAAGAGCAGGAUAUAGCUGGCAUUCGCAUUCCGUCUUUGGAGAUGGCAUGUAAGGACUUUCAUGCAUGCAAAUGGCCCAAGGGACUUUCAAAUGGGGAUAUCUCCCUUGCCUUAUAUUUUGAUGGCAUGAAUGAAAGACAACAAACAGCGAUAAAGGAGAUUCAGAUGACAUGUGGUCACAUAAUUACCUUUUCCCACUUUGUUCCCAGGCAGGAACUUUGUCCAGAGAAGAGGAUGUUAUUCUAUCCCAGGCUUCCAAAAAUAAUUGGUUCAGACUCUCUUGAACUUCGAAUAAGGUCAAUACAUGGGGCGGAGGGAAGAGGGAAUGCAUCUUCUUGCCAUGUGUUUGGUCAUACCCACUUCUGCUGGGAUGCUGAUAUUGAUGGUAUCAGGUAUGUGCAAGCACCCUUGGCUUACCCAAGGGAAAGGAAAAGAAGAAUGAAUGGAGGUGAAAAUUGGUUGCCGUUUUGCAUUUAUGCUGACAAAAGAUUUACUGAGAGACUCACCCCAUGCUAUUGGUCUGAUUAUUACUCUGCCAACCCCAGGACUCCUCACAAUACUGAACUUGCUCCUUGGGUCGCUAGAUUUUACAGGCAAACUCAGAGUAUAGAUGUAUAGCAUACUUAUAAUAUUGUUCUAUUCCUGUCUUCAUUUGGCGUUUAUAUGAAUUGUCCCUCAUUUGUUGCUUGUGUUGGGAAUACUAAAUAUAAAAUGGACAUUGAGGAAUGGAUGCUAUCAUUAGCCAAGGAAAAGCUACACUCAGAUCCGAAGGGAAGAACUAAUACUUUUUAAAAAGCAAAAGUGAAGAACGAAUACUUGAAUAGUAUUUAUUCUAUGUUGUUCAUUGUAUUGCAUAUCUUUUCUUGAAAACCAACCUAGAUAACAAUAUGGUUCAUCCUUGUAGCAGAUAUUCACCAUGCAAAAAGGUUUCAUAUAUUAUUUUCUAUGCAGCAAAAAAGCAACUCUGCUCCAUGCAGGACUAAGCUCUGAAAUCUGAAUGUGGAAACCUCAAAACAGAAAGAAAAGGGAAUACCACAUACAACCAGAGGUGGAAAAAAAACAAAGGAAAAGAAAAGAAAACCAUAAAGCUUGGGCCCAACUAGUGAGAUGUACAUGUACUCUUAGAGGAAUUUUAUAUAGUUCAGUGUACAAAAUAAUUUGUGAAUUUUGAAAUGUUUGCUGUGAAAUUCUUGGAUGUAAGUAUAGUCACUAUUUUAUAA